GUUACUGAACGCCGAGUCGCGCACCGCUUCAAGAUUGAUACCGUUCUUCUGCCGCAGUACUCUACUUCAGCUGUUUGGGCGAUUGACUUCUUCUUUGCUGUCUGUUUAAUAUAACAGCAAAGGGGCUUUAUACAAUGGCGGCCAAGGUUGACCCGACCGCGCAAUCGAAGCGAAACAGUCUGGAUCUCUUCUCAGAUGGAAGACUUGAAGUUCACGUUCCUGAUCUGGCCGACUCGACAAUCAAUCCACGCAAUGAUCCCGAGGAGCUGAUGCACGCGCCUUCCAGAACAUCGGUGUUUUACGAUGAGAAACUACCGGUUUGUGUUCGCGUUCAUAUUCCCUUCGCCGAGGUACCGGAUAUGACUCCAUUGCGCUUCAGAGGCUACCUGACGCGUUUUGCGAUAUCACUGGAGGUUUCUGCUGCAAGCUUUGCAAACGCGCGAUACUCGUCUCUUGGCUUUCAAUUACAGCAAACAGGCAAAGUACAGGAGCUGCAAGAGACUAGUCAUCCCAUCUUCUCAACAAUCAUCGACCAGAGCUCUCUAAUUUAUGUCUCUUGCGUCAAUCAAAAGUCUAAUCAGUCGAGCCACGAAAAUCAAGGCUGGGAGGCUAUUUGGCUGGUUGAGCUUCCUAUCGUGCGCCCUAGAGCUAGGCUCAUCUCGCCCCGGAUUUCAAUCGCUGCCCAAGCAAGCCUUCGAGCCAAAGCUCUUGAGGGUGGCUCGAUUUCUUUGUGGACACCCCCAUCGGCCUCUGAUGAUGAUAGUGAUCCCGAGACUUCGAUCCUCACCGAAGAGCAAGUUACGGACGAGUACCUAAUUCCAUUGGCUCCAUUAACUAGUAUGAAUUUAUUGGAAGGUCUAUCGCAUGAUGUCAAGUUCAGUAGGCUAUCUACGCCUCCGACACUCCCAGUGACAAAAGUCCUUUCUCCAGCUUCACGAGUGACGCCUCUCGCCGGAGCCGCGUUAACGCCUGAGGUCGUCAAAUUGGCUCAUUUAGCAAGCAAGGUGUAUAUUCCGGUCUUUCCCUGCGUCACUAUGCGUCUUCGCUGCUCUCGUCUUCCGAACAGCGCAACCCUUUCCGAGGAUGGAAAUGUCGUUCUCGCUAAUUUGGACAUUGACGUUACUGCUUACGCCAAAGUGGAUGUGGUUCUUCGCUCAGUCGAGUUUGUGGUGGUCGGAGGCAAAGUAGAUCAUCUACAGUUUCCGACAGGAAAAUACCCCAUACGGUGCAAGCCAUUAGAUGGAAUAUCGGAGAUUUUUAGGCUGAUGUCGUUGACUACGCAACCAGCUACCUCUGGAGGCGUCUCAUCAAGCAAGAGGGGUAGCGGGAUAUCUCAAAAUGAAGCCCUGACUAGUAAACAUGACAUGGUUAGGUCUGUUACGAUAAAGGUUGAGUACACACCAGUGCUGAGGCCAAAGCAAGACACAUCUUCCGAGAAGCUGGCGCUCGAAGAUGUCAACUCUAUGGGUCCAUUGAUCAGCACGACAUGGAAUACCAGCGUUGACUUUUCGGCGGAGAGUCCUGGAGCGUCUAAUUCAUUACAAAGUUAUGCGGACCAAAACAGAGCAAUGACAAUGCAGCAGGAUGCUGGUCGACAGCAGUCUUACGGGGGCCUGAGAUCAGUUUCGGGUAGGAGCUCUUCCGCAUGGCUUCAGAUGCAGCAGCUACGCUCUCCCAGUGUUGGAUCAUUACCAGCGGGCGAUGUAUCUCCUAUGCUUGGAAGCGGCAGCUGGUCUCUUCCUACACAGCCUGCAGCUGCUCAUAUGAAUCCUUACGGUGCCAGUGCAUCACCUCAAAUGCCAAGCCAUCCUCUGCUUUCUCCUCAGGCUUCACAAAGCACGCUAAGCGUCCCACAACCUCAUCAGCAUACACAGCAGCAACAGUCACAGCAGCUUGCAUAUUCUGCUGCCCUGCGACAAAUAUCGCAUGAAGGAUUAAAUAUCACUUUUACAGGUCCGACACAGGUCAUUGCUGGUGAAAUCUUCACUUGGAAAGUGUUUAUCUCGAACCGCUCGCGUUCUUCCAAACGAAUAGCGCUGAUUGUACAGCCAAAGAAAUGGAAGGUCAACAACACGAAAACCUUGCCACGCGAUCCGCCUCAGCGUAUGCAUUCGUCGCAACACCAGGGGCUAAACGCGGCUACGAUUGUGGCUGAUGAUGCUGCUUUGCACGUUAUGCAUAUGUCUGGGAAGAUUGAAGCUGAUGAGUUGGUGUCUUUGGUCAAUGAUAUCAGGGUUGGUCCUCUCGGACCGGGAGCGAUCCAUGAGACAGAGAUCAGACUAGUUGCAUUAGGAGUCGGUGUUUUAAGCUUAGAUGGUGUCAGAGUCGUUGAUUUAGCAAAGGGGGCAGGGUUUGAGUGUACAAAUCUGAUGAAUGUGAUCAGCAGACGAGAAUGAAAGAAGGAAUGAGCUCGUUGUUUAUGUA